GAGGACUGCUUUUUCGAAUUUUUGAAAAUGCUUUUUAUUUAUGCAUGAAUUAUUCCUUAUAAAAAAAGUAGCAUUUUUGGUUUAACGAUUUAAAAAAAAAAAAAAAAUGAAACUCGAAAAAGAUUUACGAUAUAUUAAUCCUUUUUCUUUAAAAUAAGACCUUAUUCAUUACAAUCGAUCAAGAAUUAUGCCUAUUCUCAUUGUUGGCGUAAGCCAUUUUUUAAAAGCAGCCAUUAUGAACAGCCUUAAUGGAGACAUUUGUUCAAUAUACUGAUCUUUUCAUAGAUUUUAUAUUCAUGGCUUUACACCUGUAAAAUAAUGUAAAUAAUAAAGAUCAUUUAUUGUAUUUUGUAUUAUUAUAUCAGAAAUUUGAAAUCAUUCAGCUAAGAUUAAGGAUUAUAAAAAAAUAAAAAUGUAUUUUUCCCUCUUUUUUUAUUGUUAAUCCAAAGAGAUAAUCAUCAGUGUUAACGUUGCGAUAAAUUUGUCAUUAUUGAACAAUUCCUUUUUAUUUAUCUACAUUUAAAAAAGAUGGGAAAGAAACGAAAUAUUCAACCUCUACCGGUUACUCCAAGUCGUGUUAAAGUAGAAAUAAAAGAUGAAAUAGGAGACAGUGAUGUACUUGUUGCAAGAGAUAGAUUAAAAGGAGCUCUACGAGAACUAUUGCAGCAUAGUGAUACCGGUUCAUCUGCAGAUUCCAGCGAAGAAAGUUCUGCUCAUGAUUAUAGGCACCAUAUGAGAAAAAUAGACAACAUGUACAGGACAAAGUCUAUCCAUUUUCAACAACCAAGAAAAAUAAGGCGGCGUAGGCAAGUACAAAUGGAUACAGCAUUUCAUCAUACAUAUGUGAUGAAACUUUUCGAUCGUAGUGUAGAUUUAGCUCAGUUUCAAGAGGAUACACCAUUAUAUCCCAUUUGUAGAGCCUGGAUGGCUAAUCAACCAAGAAAUCCAAAUCUUAUACCAAAAGUACGUAGUCCUAGUCCUGAAAUAGUUAGUGAAAUUAAUAAUCAACAUAAUAACAUAUUAGAUGCAAAUGGAGAAAUACGAGAUGUUCAUUAUUUACCACCUCCUCUUCCUUGCGAAGAGGCAAUGCCAAGAAACCGUAUACCAUCUCCAAUAAUUCCUGAAACUGAAGAGCUAAAGUUAGAUUAUGAUGGACAAUCUCUCAAAUCACGAGAAGUAUUAUUAAGAGAACACAGAGUACAUUGGAAUGCUGUUCGUAAAAAAUGGCAUCAACAGGCGCAUAAAAAUGAACAACGUUAUGCACAAGGCCAACAUAUACUCAGUACUAUAUUUAAAAGGGCACAAUCAGAAUUUGAAUAAUAAACAGCUAAACCAUGCAUUAGUAUCUAUCAUUUAUAUAAAUAUUCAUAAUAUUUGGAAGCAAAGUAUAUCUGCAACAUUAAAUGAAUCCUAUUAUUAAAAUAAUUGUAUUUUUUCUUUAUAUAAAUAUAUUUUUAUCACAACGUA